CACGACGAACGACAGGAAGCCAUGGACCAGUGGCAUGUGAUCUGCUGGCCAGACUCACUCGACCACACUCGCUCGACAACGCCGCCGUCAGUUUUGCAUCCGCCCACCGCGACCAUCGGGAGAUAGCUGCCGCCCGCGACACCAUGGACGACCUGCGCGAGCAGAUGGAGCUGCUCGAGGGCAGCGCAAACCUCGCAGCGAGUAUCGACGACGUGGAUAAAGCGCUGAGCCUGCUGAUAGCAGCGCGCGAGAAGAUCGCAGCCGAUGCCGCAACAGCGCCGGUGACGUUGGCAAAGCUGCAGGACCCGUUCAAGAAGACGCUGGACGCAGCGCAGAAAGACCUCAAGCCCAUCUACUCGGGCCUGAACAAGUACGGCCGCGCGCUGGACAAGAAGUUCAAAGACAAGCCGCUGCCCAGCGCCGACAACGACGCCCUCUCGUCGCACCCCUCGCUGAUCAACCGCGCCAUCGCCAUGCACCUGCUGCGCGAGGGCCAAUUCCACGUCGCCUCCACCUUCGUCGACGAAGCCCACCGCCGCCCCCCGCACCCCGAACCCACCCUCAACACCCCGCACCCGUCCUCGCGCACCGACUCGUGGGAGCAGGACCUCGCCGAGGGCACCUUCAACUCCGCGAACCUGCAGCGCCAGUUCGCCGACAUGUACCACAUCCUGCACGCCCUCCGCGCCGAGCACGACCUCGCGCCCGCCAUCGCCUGGGCCCGCGACCGCAGCGCCCUCCUCGAGGCCCGUGGCAGCAACCUCGAGUUCGAGCUGUGCCGGCUGCACUUCGUGUGUCUCUUCACAGCGGACGGCGACGCGGGCCCCCUGCGCGCCUGGGAAUACGCACGCACCGCCUUCGCCCCCUUCGCGCGCCGCUACGCCCGCGACAUCCAGCACCUCAUGGGCGCCAUGGCGUACGCGUCCAACCUCGCCGCCUCGCCCUACGCGCCCCUGUUCGCGAACCCGCACGCCUGGACCGAAGCCGCGCACUCCUUCAACCGCGAAUUCUGCUCCCUGCUCGGCCUGUCCGCAGACUCACCCUUAUUCAUCGCCGCAACCGCGGGCGCCAUCGCGCUCCCGUACCUGCUCAAAAUGGCCUCGAUCAUGAAAACGCGCCGCGCGGAGUGGACCACGCAGCACGAACUCCCCGUCGCCAUCCCGCUGCCCCCCAGCUACCACUUCCACGCCAUCUUCGUGUGCCCCGUGAGCAAAGAACAGUCCACCGACGCGAACCCCCCGAUGAUGAUGCCCUGCGGCCACGUCAUCGCCGCCGAGAGUUUGGAUAAGCUGAGUAAGGGGGGGAGGUUCAAGUGUCCGUACUGUCCGAGCGAGAGCCAUCCACGGGAGGCCCGCAAGGUGGUGCUGUAGAACAGGGGCCCCGGGUCGGGGACCGUGGCUGUGGGGUGCGUGGCGGGCUGGCCGGCGCGGCUGCUGCGGGACAGGAUGCUCGUCGUGCUGCGGCGCGCGCUGAGCGCCGUGGGCACGGUUGUCGCGUGGGAGGCCCGCGGGGAUGAUAUCGUGGUGCUGCAUACGGGGGCGUGGCAGGCGAUGGCGGCGGCGACCUAGAGAUAGCUCUGCAAUUCUGGCGUUAGACGGAGUUUGCGUCUGGGUGGACUGGGCGUACGGUUGCAUUGGAUGAUUUCAUGUAUAGUUUCUGGGGGCGUGUAUAGUGUGGAUAUGCUGUUUGCUGUAUUUAGUUUAUCGUGCAUCACAUCACGUUGUUCGCUUG